UUCGAGAACUUAGUAUGAGUGUAACCAGCAAAAUUUCAUUAGCUGAGAAUGGGAUGCGCCACAACAAAGUUGUCAUAUUGGAUGCUGGUUCACAAUAUGGAAAGGUGAUAGACCGCAAAAUACGGGAACUACUUGUGGAGUCGGAAAUUUUACCGUUGAACACACCAGCUGUAAAAUUGCGUACAAAUGGUUAUAUAGGUAUAAUAAUAUCCGGUGGGCCGAAUUCUGUGUACGCUGAAGAUGCACCUAAUUAUGACCCCGACAUUUUUAAAAUAAAAAUACCUGUACUUGGUAUUUGCUAUGGAAUGCAACUUAUAAAUAAAGAAUUCGGAGGCACUGUUCACAAAAAAGCUGUACGUGAAGAUGGACAAGAAAAUAUUGAAAUCGAACCUGGUUGCCCCUUAUUCAAGUAAGACAAUAUAUAAAAAUUUAUAUAGACAUUAA